GCUUCCCUCUGUGGAGCUGUCUCAGCGGGAGCAGGGGGGCUAGCUGCAGUCCCGGGGAGGGACCGGACUCAGGGCAUCAUGAGCGAGCCAGUGUUUUGGUACUACGUAAGAGAAGUUCUGAAUAAACAUGAACUACAGCGCUUCUACUCUCUGAGGACUAUUACUACAGAUAUUGGCAGAGGCCGUGCCUGGCUACGCUGUGCAUUAAAUGAACAUUCUCUGGAAAGAUAUGUCCAUAUGCUGCUUGCAGAUAAAAAUCGACUUAGUGUCUUCUAUGAAGACUGGUCUUUUAUGAUGGAUGAAGAACGUUCUAGUAUGAUACCUACGAUGGCAGCUGGUCUGAACUCAAUUCUUUUUGCAAUCAACAUCGACAACAAGGACUUAAAUGGGCAGAGCAAAUGCACUCCUACCGUCUCUGAUCUCUUAAAAGAAUCCACGCAAAAUGUAACCUCAUUGUUGAAGGAAUCCACCCAAGGUGUUAGCAGCCUUCUAAGAGAGAUAACAGCAUCCUCUGCUGUUUCCAUUUUAAUCAAACCCGAUCAAGACACUGACCCACUUCCAGUUCUAUCAAAGAAUGUUAGUGCAGAUUUAAAAUGUAGAAAAGAUCGAAAGAAGAAGAAAAGGGUGACACACAUCAUCUCAUUUGAUGAGGAGGAAGAUGAACAAAAUUUAGGAGAUACUUUAAAGACAGCAGUUGCAGGAGAAAGCUCAGAAGAGAACUCAGACAAGUCUUCAGCUUUUGUGUUACCUUCCUCUGAAGGAUCUCUUGUACAAAAUUUAAAUGGAAAUCAGAAUACCCAUUUGUGGAAAAGCGAUUCCAUGUUUUUGAAUGGAGAGUGUAGUUACCAGAAGCUUGAUGUGAAGAGUAUUGAUGAUGAAGAUGUGGAUGAAAAUGAGGAAGAGAUAUAUGGAAAGAUACUGGGAAACAAAGGUGUGGAAGAUGAAACAAAAGUUUCAGAAAAGCCAUAUGAUGGGGGCACAUGCAAUUCACAGAUAUGCACUUGGACUCCCCUGCAUAUCCUGAACGAUAAUUCAGAUAUUCUGUUUCCUGUCAGUGCUGUUGGUUCUUACUCCCAGAUUGGUAACCUGGAGAAUGGAGAUGGGCAUGAAAGUGCUGUUCAUGCAGUAGAACUGGCUCAGAGAGGAUCUGAACUUCCUAAUAGAGUGGAUGUCAGUCCUCCUGUUCAAGUGAAUGCUUUAAGCAAUAUGUUGCCUUCAGCCACUGUGCCAGAAUCAAUGACAAUUAAUGAACUUCGGCAAGCUAUUGUGGCCAUGAUGAACAGAAAGGAUGAGCUCGAAGAACAGAACAGAUCUCUGCGAAACCUGCUUGAUGGAGAGAUGGAACAUUCUGCACUACUCAGGCAAGAAAUUGAAAACUUGAGAAGGAAAGUAGCAGAGCAUGAGGAGCGACAUGCAGCAAAGAUCCAGGCCUUGGCAAGGGAGAAUGAAGUGCUGAAAGUACAACUCAAGAAGUAUGUAGGAGCUGUCCAGAUGCUGAAAAGAGAAGGUCAAACAGCAGAAGUUCUGCCAAACCUUUGGAAUAUUGAUGGGGAAUUUACCAUACCUGAGCAAAAGCAAGUAGAAAACAAUGAGGAACUAGCAAACUCCUAUGAAAGAAAACUGAUUGAGGUGGCAGAAAUGCAUGGGGAGCUUAUAGAAUUCAAUGAGCGACUACACCGUGCUUUGAUGGCUAAAGAAGCUCUUGUAUCCCAAAUGAGGCAGGAACUCAUUGAUUUGAGAGGGCCAGUCCCUGGGGAUUUGAGUCAGACAUCUGAAGACCAGAGUUUGUCAGAUUUUGAAAUAUCAAAUCGUGCCCUUAUUAAUGUUUGGAUUCCCUCAGUCUUUCUACGAGGAAAAGCUGCUAAUGCAUUCCAUGUUUACCAGGUAUAUAUCAGAAUAAAAGAUGAUGAAUGGAAUGUUUAUCGAAGAUAUGCAGAAUUCAGAAGCUUGCAUCACAAGCUACAGAAUAAAUACCACCAAGUAAGGACCCUUAAUUUCCCACCCAAAAAAGCCAUUGGAAACAAGGAUGCAAAGUUUGUAGAGGAACGACGCAAACAACUACAAAAUUACUUACGGAAUGUUAUGAACAAAAUUAUUCAAACUGUGCCAGAAUUCACAGUUAGCCCCAAAAAAGAGACUCUUAUUCAACUGAUGCCCUUUUUUGUUGAUAUCCAACCUGUGGGAGAACCAGUAAGCAAAAGCAAUCGCUCAAGAGUGGCUACCCGCUUUCCAAAGCUAUCUCGACACCAUCAAAGGGAGCCACGGAACCUGGAGCCUCAAAGUGGUGAUCUCUGACCCUUUGUAUAAUUGUGAACAUCAGCACCAUGUACUUUAAACUGCCCUGUGAUUCUGACCUAUCCUAUACUGUUGAUUAUGAAAGGCCCUGGGGAGAAUACAGCUGCAUUGAGUUAAUUCCUGAAAGGAGACUCUCAAUACUAAGGUUCAUCAUUCUGAUUUAACAGGUCACUUUUGAAAGCAGCAAGCAUUUUCCCAGUGGAAUAUGAGGGCUCUUCAUGGGGCACUCAGCAAAUUGUACACACUUCCUUUGUUUUGUAAAGCAUUCUCUUUUCUUCUAAACUUACUCCACUACUAUGAGUCCCUUGUUUGUGCCGUAGUGUCUCUUACACUCAUCCCAUCUAUUUCUGUUCCUGAGAUCUGUGUGCCUCAUGUUCGGAGAAUAUUAUUUUUUUCUUAGAAGUACAACUGUAAUUAUCACUAAUCAAUAUUUGUCAGAAAGUUGUACUUAAAAAAAACUCUCCUAACCCAUUGCCUUUUGGAAAUGGAAUGACUGUUGCUUUUUCAUUAUGAUCCUCUGAUGCACUCAAGAGUCUUUUAUAAACGUUACAAAGUAAAUGACGGAAGAAAAAACAGUAGAGAGGGCAGAAAUAGCUUUUGUAUGUUUCUAGUCAGAUAUUCCCAGAAGCUCUCACUUGUGAAGAGUAAUUCUACCAAAAUGGAGAUUCUAAUAAUUUUCUAUUGAAAUUUUUGUUUUUGCUGCAAGGCAAGGUGCAGUACAAGUCAGCUCAAGGAGUUUAGCAAAAAAGGAAACACAAAGUUAACAUGUUACAGAAUAGAGUUUUCCAGCAUUUGGCUUUGUUCUGUUAUUGAUUUCUUGCUGAUGUUAUUAUAAAAACAGUCUCUCAGCAUAAAGAAAGGGGCCAUUUGGGCAUUCUUACAACUACUUCGUAAGACACAUGAAAUGCUGUUGCUAAAAGAUUGCCUAAGUUGAAAGUGCCUGUCACCUUUUUACUGGAAAGUGACUUGUAACAAUGUUGUGAGAACAACUAAAGAAACCUGGGAGAAUAAUUGUUACAAGUGCUGGAAAUCCUGAAAUGGAUCAACUGGAAUCCAGUUCACAACAUCUGUUAGCUAUACUGCCACAGGCAGUAAACUAUGCUUUAGCCAUCUUUUUUUCCCCAUGUAUAGAGUCUUAACCAAUAUUCAUUCAUGUUUACUGAAGAAUAUAUUCUGCUUUACCUGUGCACCAGAACAACUCUCUUCUCACAAGUUGUUUGGAUAAUCUGUGUUCCCAUAGGUUGGUAUAUUGUCCGGCUAUACUGAAAGAAGGACAGGAGACACUUGAUAUGGUUUUAAUCAGACUGCAACUUUAUUAUUAGAUGUCUGUGACCACCCAGCAGAUAAAAGUGUAUCAUGCAGGUAACUCCAUGUUCGUUCAGUUACUACCAGGAAGGCUUCUGCCAGCCCUCAUCUUUUCCCAUGCAGGUCCCCCAGCCACCUAUUCCUGGGACCUAACCAUCCACCACCAUCCUUGUAGGAGGGUUAAGGUGGGCUGUAAGAAAGGGAGGUUGGCUCCCUGCCAUACCAUGUAUAGGAGCCACCCUGUUCCAUUACUUUAACCAACACCUCCAUUUUAAGUCCUUUACCAAGUCAUUUAUCUAGUCACUGUACACCUUCACUGUGGAGUACCUGCACUGGACAUCCGCCCCACACUUACAUAAUGAGUUGUGACAUAUAGCCUAACUCCCUUCACUGUUAACAAUAACAAAACCAUCCCUGAACCUGCUGUAGAAGGCAAAAAAAAAUCCACCCCACCUAGGCCAAUCUGCUGAUGAGGGAAAAAGUCCUUCCCAGAUACCCUAAAAGGAACGGCUAGCGUGAUGCCCACAGCAGGUCCUGACCAAGCCUGGUAUUUUGCCACCUGAAGGGGAGGGGAGGGGAGGGAAGGGAAGGGAAGGGAAAGGUAGGUGCUGACUCACCUGCUCUGUGGAAAAAGCUCCUUAUGCCCGGACUUGCCCUUCUUCAACUCCUUCGCCCUUCCGGUCCCAGGGGAUGAGUCAGUGUCACCACGCUCACCCUAUCCCCUUUUGCAGCAGCUUCUGACCUCUCUCCCUCACCCUUAAAACACUGUUUCCUUUCCCUCAGCAAGCCAGACAACGGCCCCCCACUUAAAGGUGCAGUGUGGUUCAUUUUUGUUAUUGACUGUCAGUGUAUUAUAUUAAAACCUGACAGUAGUUAUAGAAACCCAAGGGGUUGGGUUUUUUUCAGAAAAAGAAUCCACUUAUUAUUAAUGCACUUUUUUUAAUGUAGAGCUAUUUUAAAAAGUCUAAUGAACUGAGACCCAUAUUCUUCAAGCCUUUGUCCCAUUUUGUGGCACUUAUUCACGAGUAGCCCUAUUGACUUCAGUUGGACGGCUCGCAUGAAUAAGGUUUGCUCAAAGUGAAUAAUGGUUACAGAACUGGCUUCUGAGUGUGAAGAACGAGUCCUGUAAUCCUAACAUUGACAUACACUGUCAUAGAUUGCACUGAGUGAUGGGAAAAGGCAACCAGCAGCAACCAGGUAUUAACACGCGAGACCCCAAAAGAAAAAUUGUGUCCCAGAAAUGAAAUAUUGUUCUGUUACUUGCAAUUUUAUCUGCUACUGCAGUAUCUUCUGCACAUCUAUAAGAGAGCUCCUUUACAAAUGAAUCCCAACAAGCAGCUUUUCAGAAAAGCUAGAUGUCUUGGUUGCAUCAGAAAAUGAGUUAAUAUUGGUGUUUGAAUCCAGUAGGGUGGGGUGUUUGUUUAAAAAUAAAAAAUAAUAAAAUCUGUAAAGCCUCUCCGAACCAAUUAAUUUGAUGCAUAACUUAUAUUUUGAAGUUUGUCUUUGUUGAAAAAUUCAUAGAUUGAAUGUGAGUUCCACUUUGAAAGACUAAGAAUUCAUAUCUUUAAAAGGUCUAAAGGCUUUACAAGAUUGACAGGAGUGUAAUCUGUAAUUCAUGUGCCAAAUUUUGCCUACUAAUACUGAAUUACAGAUUGAACUGAAAGCCUACCUUGCAUAAAUUCCUUUGGGGAGAAUUGGAUUUAGAUGUGUUUACCACAUGAAUCUGUUUUCAUCUUCAGAAAAUAGUUCACAAUGUACAGCUCCCCCCCCACCCCCGUCUUUGAAAAGUUGCAAAUGGUAAGGAAACUAAUUUAGCAGAUACACAUGUGCUCAACAUAGAAUGACAUGUACUAUCCAUAUUUUUAAAACUGUCCUUAUUGGCUCUUUAAAUUAUCUCUUCCUCUCUCCUGAUUAAUUGACCUUGCCUAAUUUUUAGUAUAUGAAUAAAUAUGCAAAAAUCUGGACUUGUUUACAGUGAACAAGUUGUUCUCUGCUAAUUUUAGCAUAAAAUUACUCCUAGGGGAAUUUUGCGCCACUGCGCUUGCACAGAAUUCACGUCCCUGCAGAUUUUUUUGCUUCCCCGCAGAAAAAUGACUUUCUGACAGGGAAGCAAAGGGAAGCUGCAAGAGCAGUCAUGCACCACUCCCUAGCUGUGCAGGUACAUCAUUUCAGGCACCUGGAGCAGCCAAUGGAGAGGUAAAUCACCGCAGAGCUGGGAACACCCAGCCAGUGACUCCUACCCUGAGCUGGGUUCAGCUGUUAGUCCCAGCUGGGCUGGAGGCAGGAGAGGACGGGACUUCCUCUUCCCCUGCAAGGAGUGGCUGGGGCUGUGUCAGACCCACACCCAGAACCCCCACACACACACUCCCACAGCUGCAGGAAGCUCCGCAUCCUCCCCCUGCUUCCUGCCCUCAUCGCUUCUCAGCUGUGGGGGGAGAUCUCUGUAUGGGGACCUGUUCCCCCAUCCACCCAACCACCAUGCAGCUGGACCUCCCAUACCCAGACACUCCUGCCAAACCUCCCUCUUACAACUAAGAAUCCCCCCCAGCCCUCCAUACCUGAACCCCACCCCACUGAACCUCAACCCCUGCAGCUGCAUCCCCCCUGCACUCAGACCCGCUGCCUCCAGGCCCCAACCCCUGCACCCAGACCACCUCCCACUGAGCUCCCUGCACAAAACACCCCCACAAGCCCCACCCCCUGAGCCUCCACAUCCAGACCACCACACCACUGACCCCCAACUAGCUGCACCCAGACCCCCACCCCACCAAGACCCCCCCAGCUGAGACCCCCACACCCAGACCCCUCUGCUGAGCCCCAAUCACUUUCACUUGGAAGCCCCUACAGAGUCCCAUUGCCCCUGCACCUGGAACCCCCUCAAUGAGCCUCUGUGCAUCCAGAUUCCCCACACCUAGACCCCCCACUAAGCUGUCUCCUUCCAGAUUGUCCCACACAGAAUUCUCUCACCCCACAACUGGAUCCCCCCACACUGAGCUCCUCCACACUUGGACAAAUAAAACUUGCAAAUUUUUAAAAUAUUGUGCACAGAAUUUUUAAUUUUUUGGAGCAGAAUUUUUAAUUUUUUGGCACAGAAUGCCCUCACAAGUAAACAAAAUGUAUAUAUGAUACUAAGAUUAGGGACUGCAGAGAACCUUCACUUUGUGAUAUGAGCUUGUGUUAUGUACUGCAGUUAUUAAUCCACUUAAAUACUCUUCUGUUGUCUCUUUAAGAAAAUAAUUCAGUGGAAUUUCCUCUCCAGAAUUAACGCAUUAUAGAAGGUUAUACAGUAGCUGAGCCUGCAAUCUCAGUAGAAACAUUCAAUAACAGAUUAUACAAUAUGAACCAGAUCCUGCUUGCUUUACUCACAUGAGUACCAUGAGACUACUCACAUGAGUUAGGUGAAUAGAAUUUAGUGUUCUAAGGAUUCUGGCCAAGAUUUUCAGGAAUGACUACUGAUUUUGGAUGCCCUAAUUUUUGGCACCUGAGCCAAAUGGGGCCUUGUUAGUUAGUCAGUCAGUUAGUGCUAAGAACUCAUCCUCUGAUGAUCAGGCCCUUUAAAAUGUUUUGGCACUGAAAAUCUUGACCAUCUAGUUUAAAUUAUCUAAUAGGAUUAUAUCAUAUAUGCAUAAAAAUUCUGUAAUCAUAACAAUGGUUCUAGUAAGUGUAUAAGAAUACUUUCAGUUUCUCCCAUGUAUCGUUUAAUUAAAUGCAUGCCGUUCUGUUUAUGAAACACUGCUUUCGCAAAUCUAACCCAGAUUGGUAGUGACUGAAAGCUGUGACUUUCUGAUAGCUGAGCAGUAGCCUAUGCAAAUGAGUUGGUGGGUUCAAUCCAGUUCUUGGUAGAUAAGCAUGUACAUCACUGAACACCAGUCAUUUGUGGUGAUCUGAGCAGUUAGGUUAACAAUCAAAUAGUCCUGUCUUUUAUAGAGUUGCCUUUUAAGUUUAGGAUUGUAGCACAGUAUCAGGACAAUAUAGAGAAACUUGCAGUGUUACCUCCUAUUCACUACCUGUGCUGUAUAUUAGGGCACUAUGAAAUCCACAUUAGCGAGAACAUGGAUGGAAUCGCAGAAUAAAAACAAAAACAUGAAUCCAGCACUAAAAAAAUCCAGCACUAUACAAAAAAAUAAAGUUGUCUCCUCACUGUGGACCUGGGUCCAGAGGAGCUUUGUGUCCCCACCACGACCCCAGCGCUGGAGAAGAUUUAAUUAAUUUUUUUUUUAAUGGAAAAAAAAGAAAUUAGAAAAUAAUAAAUCUGAAAAUACACAAUAAUAAAAUGGAUUUCAUAGGGCCCUAUGUAUAUAUACAGUUUAAAUCUCAAGGGUCUUAAUCUGGAAUCUUUUGUGAAUGCUUAGAAAAAAUUGUAGAAAAGAUUUUUAAUACUGUUUUUCUAUUACAUUCAAAAUAAAUAACUUCCUAAGAAACAUAAAGUAGACAGCAGACAGUUUCAGUUUUAUUACAGCUGGGAUUGUCUGUCAGUAUUAAUUUGUUAAAUAUUGACUACAGUUAUUCAGAAUCUUGUCUAUUUAGAGAUUCUGGCAUUCUAUACACAGAUUUUAAUGCACUGACUUAAAUCCUGUUUUAAAUCAAAUUUUCCAUUUAAAUCAAAACAAAAAAAAAUCCCAAGAUUAAUUGGAGGCAGGAUAAUGACACAAUAGCAAAGGCUUAACUUGACCUGUCUAUUAAAUCACACAUUGGUAGAAGGAUUCAUAAUUUCUAAGCCAGUCCUGUUUAAAAAACAUUGUCACAUGGUUAGUUGUAAACAAAUUGUAUAAUUUUAUAAAAUGUACUGCAAGUUGUAAACCAUUGUGAUGGGAUUAAUAUGAUAAAUAUUUGCAGAUACUGCAUAAUGGCAGUAAAUUUGACUUUGGUUCAUAAAUAAGACCCAGAUGUUAAGGUGCAUUUUGUUGUUGUGAAAUGAAUGUUUUAUUGUACAGAAUAAUGUCUUUUCAAGCUAUCAAAUCACUGAACCUACUUGAAACCUAUAUAUAGAGUUGACUGGUUCAGAACAGCUAGCUAGUAAUAAAUUGGACCUGGAAUGAGCAUUGAGUGAUCUACUGAUGCUGUCUGUAAGUUCAUAUUAAUGACCUAACAUGGUGAUAUUUUCUUAUCAGUACAUCAGAAGUGAAGAGCUGUGUUUUGUUGUUUUAGAAAUGGGUCUCAAUCUAGAAAACCCAGAAUUUUGCAGGCUGGUCCAGACUCUAGUUGAUGUAUAAAUCUCGCCUGCCCAAAUAUAGCAACUGAAUCAAUCCAGCUUCAAUAGGGAAAAUAUUAAACUCUUAAAACUUGGGAAACUGACUAAUUCCCGGUUUUGUAACAGAUGAUUGAAAGUUUCCUCUGUUGCUGUUGGGGGCAAACUGUAAAAUAAAGGCUUCAGGCUUUCAGAAGUUCAUAGUUAAUCCGAAUUGCCUCUCCUCUUGUGGCUCGCUUUCUCAACGUGACUUCCGCUCAGGUUGGGCGCCAGUAGGGGGAAAUGGAUUGCACUGAAGGUCGUGCAGGAGUUGGGGAGGAACUAGCAUGGAAGCUGGCAGAAGGGAGUUGAGACCAGUGUCAGUGAAAGACAUGUUGCAACAUGAGGCUCUCGCCUGAAUGUGUUGGAGGGAGGAGCUAUCUUCCAGCACUUGAGGAGAGUAAGGAGAUGGAAAAGGCGUUACAUCAGGUAAGAGGUAGGCAGGGAAGUAAACUGGACAAGCUGAACAGGAGUAUAUACCAAUAAUCUAAGGUUUAAGUUGCUAGAAAAGACAGAUUCUGUUCCUAACUUGUGUCAUACUUACAGGAGUAUGUUUCGUGGGACUCCCUCUCCCCUCGCCAACCUCCUUUUUUCCUAGUCUCAGAUUUGCUCCUCUACACUUAGCUAUUGUGCAUAGGGCUGCCAAGACUGUGGGAAAGUGAAUUAUCCCAUAGGACAGUAUCCAGAUCAAUUAAUAUUUAUUAGCCAAGUGUACCUAUAAAUAAAUAAAUGAAAACCCUCAAAUGUGUUACAUUCCUGAGGGGAGUGGAGAGAUUUUAUAAAAUUAGCUAUUUGCAAACUAUGGCCACAUAAGUUUUUGAAACUGAUUUGAAGCAUUUUACCCUACCCUGAUAGUAGAGUGUAUAAGCAAGCAAAAUAAAUUCUAUUUCCUUUAUAAAGGUACCUAUUGGCCAAUGAGAUUACUCUAUUCGAGGAUUUCACUUUCUGUUUGCAUUGUGGUAGCCAUUCUCUUUAUGUUGCUUCAAAAUGCCACUGGGACCUCUCUGAUUCUACACAGUUUUUGUGUUUGAGGUUUCAGGAAAAAAAACACUUUAUUGUCCUUCAUCCCAUUAUUCCAAAUACUAUGUGUGGGUGUUCUUAGAGUUACCCAAAUUCCAUGGGAAUCCUGUGGAACAGAUAUUUUGGAAGCAGGUGAGGUCAUGGCCAAAAUUCUGCUCUGAGAUCAGGUGCUAUCUUCUGAGAUAGGAGGGUCACCAAAUGGCACAAAGGCAUAUAGGAUAUGUUGUCACAACACAGUUAACUUGACUCCAGUUUUCUGUUCUACCAAUGGGAGCUUCAGGCAUAUGGGAAAACUAGAUUAUCAGAGCCCAGAUGACAGCAGAAUUGAGUCCUUAAGAUCAAUAGGAGCAGCACCCUCUUGCUGGUGCUUGAAUGAGCCACUCCUGCAGAUGCAUUUAAGCUCCAUCAUCUUGGAUCAUGAGACUAAUGAACUUAGUUGUCUCCUUACCAUUUCCUCAUUAUUUUUUUGGCCUAUCUCACAUACCACAAGAUGAAAUAUUAAUUUGCUGUGCAUUCAGCCAUUUUGAAUGCAUGGUUUUGUAGCAUUAGAUAUGUGCAAUGUCUUAAAAAUCAUUUUAAUAUAUUAAACUAGUGCUAUUAUAAAUAAUGUUUAAAACUAUCAAUUGAUGUGCAUUAUGUUUUAUUACACUUUCAAGAAAAGAUUAAAUGUUUGCUUUGUACCCUUUGUUCUGCUCUGCUGCUGGGCAAUGGUGUGGCCCAGUAAAUGUUGUUACACCCCCCCAAAAGUUCACUUUAUGGUCCUCUUACAUAUAAAUUGCAUUAUUUAUUAAAUCUCAUCUGGAAAUCUAUCAAUGCAGAUUUCUUAUUAAUAAGAACUCUUGUUUUUUCUGUUUAUAUUGACAUGAAUUUACACACAAGUAAUUCACUGUAAUAUUUAAGAAGGAAUCGAUCAAAUACAUUCAUAUGGGAAUAUGUUUACCAAUAUCUCAGUAGCAGUGCCAAUGUCGCUGAGAAAAGUUAAACUGGUAGUUGAUUUUUUCACAUGGAUAAUUUGAAAUGUUAAGAGUAUAUACAUAUAAUGAAUUUAAAGGAAAAUAAAAGCUUUUGAAAAGAAAUCAUAAUUCUGAAGGUCUGCACUUUCUAAGAAGCCCUGGCUAUUGAGCAAAAUAGACUAAAAUACCCUUUUGUCUGGGACCAAACCUGCUGGCAACAGGGUUUUCUUUUUGUUUUUGUUACACAACUUAGAAAAUAGGCAAGAUUAUUUUAAUUUUAAGGUAGCGUCUAUGUAUAUAUAGUAUUCAGAUAAGCAUCUAUAAACUCUUUAUAUUAUUUGUAAGCCAUGUUAUGUUAAUGUUUACAUGAUAGAAUUUUUAAACAAAUGUAUAUAUAAUUUUCUAAAUACUUUGUUGUAUUAAAUAUUUCUUUUGAAAUAUCCUGUGGUAAUUUUGUUAUAAUUUGAUUUAAAUAUGCCACUAUACUAACAAGAAAAUAAAAAAUUGACAUUUUGUAUGGUAAAAGAUAGAAUGUUUGCAGCCUAUUUGUGGUACUCGGCUGUUUAAAAACAGCGAUCUGUGAUUUAUUUUCACCUUUUAAAUGUGCAAAGUUAAUACAAAUAUACUUUGGGCUAAAUUUCCAAAACAAUGUACUAGGCAUCUGGUUUUAAUUAGAUUAAUAUUCUCAUUCAUUGUGUCUGAUGAAGAUUAUUUGAUGUGUGAAAUCUAAGAGACAUGGAUAUCAGAUGUACAGGCAACCAAACAAAUAAGAAAACAAAACAGUAAACAUCUUUCAAUUAUA